AUGAAGGUAGCUGUAAAGUACACGACAAUGGCUAUGCUGCCGCUGCUGCUGUUGCUGCUGCUGCCUCAGCUUAGAUACACUGCAACAGCAGCAGCAGCAGCAGGAAAGCCAAUCAUGGAGGAGGGAGCAGUCAGAGCCGGCGGUCUGCUGCUGGCACGCUAUAGCAGCGCAGCAGCAGCAGGAGAAGCAGCAGCAGCAGCAGAAGCAGCAAAACCUCAGUUCUUGCUGAUGAAGGCAUCUUACCCUCCUUACCAUUGGUCCCCCCCUAAAGGUCAUGUUGACGGGGAUGAGGACUUUAUUGAUGCUGCUGUAAGAGAGACAAGAGAAGAGACAGGCAUAAACCCUGAAGAUAUUCAGGUUGUUGAAUCCUUCCAUACGGAUCUAAGGUGGGUCGAUGUUGAGGAAGGAGGGGAUAUGUUAGGGUUUGAUACCAUGAAGGAAAUGCUGCAGAAGGCUGACACCUACUUGCAGCAGGAGCAGCAGCAGCAGCAGCAGCAGCAGAAGCAGGAGCAGCAGUAG